GAAAACAUUUACCCUUUGUGGACGAUCGGAAUUAGAUCAAACCCCCCCAUUGUGGAAUCGGAGCGAGGAUCUUCACUCAGUGACUCAUCAAUAUCACUAGGAAGAAAACAGACGCCUUUGCUUUGGGGUUCUUCAUGAGAAACCUAACGGCGGAGUCCGGUUCGGGUUCGGGUCGGGCCGUCCAACUAGUAUACGUUGAUGAGAAUGGGAAGUUGAAGACGGACCCGGAAGCCAUCGGCGCUCUUCAGAAGCUUAAGGGUCCUGUCGCUGUUGUCUCACUCUACGGAAAAGCUCUCCGUGGCAAGAGCUUCAUCUGGAAUCAGCUUGUUAGCAGAAGCAUUGGAUUUGAAGUUCAAACUCUUCACAGGCCAUGCGCCGGAGAUAUAUGGAUGUGGAUUGAGCCGGUGAAGAGGAUUGCAGAAGAUGGGACCGAAUAUAGUUUAGUGUUACUCGAUGUUGAAGGAGCAGACUCAAAUGGUGUACUGGCUAUCCGCAACAGCCAGAUAUUCGCCUUGGCUAUCCUCCUAUCAAGCGUGUUUAUCUAUGGUCCGACACUUGGUGUAAAUGACAUUACACUUGAUCUCUCUCGUCUACUUGAGAUUAGCAAGAACGAUCACGUUGGAGAAGCUAAGGACUAUACAUUUUCCGGGCUUGGGCAGUUCUCUCCCAUGUUUGUACAACUUAUGACGGACCUUAACUCAGAAACAGUGGAAGGCGGACAAGAUGUAACUGAGAAUAACAAAUUCGAAACGCUGCGACCCCAGCUUCUCUACGGUGUAAAUGGCCUAGUGAAGUUUGUCUCUGAGAGAGUAAGGCCUAAGAAAAGAGGCGAUACCAUUGUCACAGGGCCGCCUGUUGCUUGUUUCACGAAGUCAUUUUCAGAAAAUGUUAACAACAACGUCGUGCCUAAAAUUUCUUCUUUAUGGCUGUCUGUAGAGGAAUUAGAAGGUCUAAGGGCCCGUGAUACAGCAACUGAGGUAUACAUAUCGUCUUUCGAUCAUCCAGAGACUCCUGAAGAAUCGAUGCUGAUAGAAGCACACAAUAAGGCGGUCGUCAAAGCUUUGGCCGCGUUUUGUGAAUCUUCCAUUGGAAACGCUGAAAUAAAACAGAAAUACAAAAGAGACCUUUGGAGUUUCUUUGCGAAGGCAUUUGAAGAUCACAAGCGAGUGGCAAAUCUGGAAGCAUAUUCGAGAUGUUGUAGUGCUAUAGAAGAUAUGGGCAAGAAAUUAUGGGCAUUGCCUUGUUCUCAUGAUGCUAAUAUAGGCGAAAUGAUCAAGGCUCUUGAUACCGCUGUUGCAGAGUAUGAAGUAUCUAUCAAUGGUCCUAUGAAAUGGCAAACACUGUCUUCUUUUUUGAGAAAGAGUAUACAGGACAUUCUAGUCCAUCGCAGAGGGAAACAAAUGGAUGAACUUCUUUUUGAGAACUCUAAACUCAAGCUGCAACACCGUUCGGUGGAAAGCACGAUGGAUUCGCUAAAGAAACAGCUUGAAGGAGGAGAGAAAAUGAGGAAGGAAUAUCAGAAGCGUUACGAGAGCGCCAUUGAUGACAUGAAUAAGCUCUCAGAUCAGUUCAAACACCGGAUUCAUGACCUGGAAAGUAAGUGUAAGUCGAUUCACCAUGAACACUCGAAUCUCAUGGAUGUGUUGGGGUCCACAAGACUAGAGGCAUCUGAGUGGCAACGGAAAUAUGAGGAGACAUUGGAUGAGAAUGGCGUGAGCAGCAACAGUCGGGUCGGAGUAGAUGCGUCGAUCACUAGGUGCAAUAAGUCAAUUGAUUGGAAAAUUAAAUACGAGAAUAUUGUUAGUGAGCGAAAAGCUGUUUUAGAGAAGAUAGCGGCAAUGGAAGAUAAGUUGAAGCAAGCUUCAGCCAUUGAAGAUGGCAUGAGAGCUGAACUCUCCCGUGUUCUGGAUGAAAAGGAGAAGAUAGUCACCGAGAAAGCUGCAAAGCUUGCGACUUUGGAGCAGCAAUUGGCCUCUACGCGUGCAGAAUUAAAGAAAGGUGAGUUGAAGGUGAACGAAUUUUCUUUGGAAGCAAAAGACUUGAAGCUUCAAAUCUCGGCUCUGAAUGAGAAAUAUGAAUUGGUGAAAUCUGCAGCGGAAUCGCGUGAAACUGAGAUGCAGACAUUAAAACGAGAGAAAGAUGACUUAGAGAAGAAGUUUCUUUCACAAAUGGAGGAACUUGGAAAACUCUGUUUGAGGUUAACAGAUACGGAAAAUGAGGCUUCAUCGGCUAAGAAACUUGUGGAUUCAUUGAGAAUGGGAGCUAAAGCAGCACGGAACAGCGAGAACAAACUUCAGACGUCACUGCUGGAGAAAUGCAAUGAAAUUGACCAAGCUAAGAGUCGUAUCGAAGAUCUAGAAAGAGUCUGCUCGAAGCUCGAUAGUGGGGACAGUGAAGCUUCAGCAGCUAAGAAACUUGAGGACUCGAUGAAAAGGGAAGCGGAAGCCUUUCGGAUGAAUGUGAACGAGCUCCAGACAUCGUUGCAGGACAAAUGCGUUGAAAUCGAUCGAGCUAAAAGCCGCAUAAAAGAACUUGAACAAAUCUGCUUGAAGCUAAAAGAUGCGGAAACUGAGGCUGCAACAGCCAAAGAACUUGUGAGUUCGAUGAAAACGGAAGUGGAAUCGGUCCGUAGCAACGAAAACAAACUCCACGCAUUGUUGCAGGAGAAAAGCAUUGAAAUUGGCAGAGCUAAGGGUUGGAUUGAAGAUCUGGAAAGGCAAAAGAUAGAUCUUUCUGAAAUGUUGGAGACAAGGGCUAAACAAAACGAAGAAGCGGUUGCUGAAUUGCACAGAAUCUUCAACGCCGAGAAGGAAAAAAACAUGCGGGUGAAUUUGAUGCAGCAAGAAAACUCUUUUAUGGUUUCGGAUGAAGCAACACCGCUGCAGCGUGUGAAGCGUUUGAAAGUAGAAUCAAGUAUAACCUGUUCUGGUUCGGAUUACGCCCAAGAGACCGAAGAAGAUACGGUUUCACAAGAGAGCGGGAAAGCUAUAAUUGCAAUGACCCCGAGAAAAUGCACAAGCACGGGCUCUGGAGCUGGAGCCUCUUCUUCCACAGGCAUGGAUCAUUCGAAAUACACAAUGAAGAAGCUGAGAGAUGAGAUACUGAAACACGGGUUUGGAGCUGAGUUGGUUGGGUUAAAGAAUCCAAGAAAGAGUGUGUUGGUUGAGCUUUACGAACGGUGCGUUUUGCGAAAGUGAGAUGUAACUACAUGAAGCGAAGACUCUAUGUAUCAACAUGAAACAAAGUCUGUUCUUGGUUUAGUUUUUCUUGCGAGAUUUGCGUUGUUAAGACCGUGUUGACAACGAUGCGGCUGCGUUUAAGUCUAUUAAAACGAAAAAAGUCAACUGUUAUAAGUCAA